AGAGAACGGCAGGGAAGCUGCAGCGAGGGCUGGCAGCUGGCAGAGUCCUGAGCACCCAGCACCCAGCCCGGCUUGCACCCCAAAGCCUGGAGAGAGGCUGCUACGCCAUUGACCUGUGGACUCCAGAGGCUCCCGCUGUGCAUUCCUCUGAUCUGGAAGGCUUCCUGAAUUACUUGACGAGAAACCUGGGUUCGAGUCCUAACUUGUCACCAACUUCCUGAGUGACCUGGGCUGGUCCCGUCCCCUCUUGGAAUCUCUGUCUUCCAUCUCUUCAGCGAAGGGGUUGAUUUAUAAGGGUGUUUUCUGCUCUGACACUGUGAUUUGAAUUCUGUGUUUCCACAUGACAUUCGAGAAGUCUGGCCGGAAGGAUGGAAUCUGAAAUGACAAUGGUUCUGGACUGGGCUUUGUGCUCAGACCAGCUCAUCUUUGCCUGAGAUCUAGGAGUGGCCCCAGGCUCUCCUGAUGUGCCACCACGCUUGACAUCUGCUCCUCUCCCUGCACCCAUAUUCCCAUGCUCUGAAGGGGAGUUCUCUUCCAUAGCAAAUCCGGGAGGAGCCGAGGAGCCAGGCCCUUUGUUCCAGACCCAGAAGCAGCCAUGGGGACCUGUGACAUUGUGACUGAAGCCAAUAUCUCAUCUGGCCCUGAGAGCAACACCACGGGCACCACAGCCUUCUCCAUGCCCAGCUGGCAACUGGCACUGUGGGCCACAGCCUACCUGGCCCUGGUGCUGGUGGCCGUGACGGGUAAUGCCAUCGUCAUCUGGAUCAUCCUGGCCCAUCGGAGGAUGCGCACAGUCACCAACUACUUCAUCGUCAAUCUGGCGCUGGCUGACCUCUGCAUGGCUGCCUUCAAUGCCGCCUUCAACUUUGUCUAUGCCAGCCACAACAUCUGGUACUUUGGCCGUGCCUUCUGCUACUUCCAGAACCUCUUCCCCAUCACAGCCAUGUUUGUCAGCAUCUACUCCAUGACCGCCAUUGCUGCCGACAGGUACAUGGCCAUCGUCCACCCCUUCCAGCCUCGGCUUUCAGCCCCCGGCACCAAGGCGGUUAUUGCUGGCAUCUGGCUGGUGGCUCUCGCCCUGGCCUCCCCCCAGUGCUUCUACUCCACCGUCACCAUGGACCAGGGUGCCACCAAGUGCAUGGUGGCCUGGCCUGAAGACAGCGGGGGCAAGACGCUCCUCCUGUACCACCUCGUGGUGAUCGCCCUCAUCUACUUCCUGCCGCUCGCGGUGAUGUUCGUCGCCUACAGCGUCAUCGGCCUCACGCUCUGGAGGCGCGCAGUGCCCGGACAUCAGGCGCACGGUGCCAACCUGCGCCACCUGCAGGCCAAGAAGAAGUUUGUGAAGACCAUGGUGCUGGUGGUGGUGACGUUUGCCAUCUGCUGGCUGCCCUACCACCUCUACUUCAUCCUGGGCAGCUUCCAGGAGGACAUCUACUGCCACAAGUUCAUCCAGCAAGUCUACCUGGCACUCUUCUGGUUGGCCAUGAGCUCUACCAUGUACAAUCCCAUCAUCUACUGCUGCCUCAACCACAGGUUUCGCUCUGGAUUCCGGCUUGCCUUCCGCUGCUGCCCAUGGGCCACACCCACCAAGGAAGAUAAGCUCGAGCUGACUCCCACGACCUCCCUCUCCACAAGAGUCAACAGGUGUCACACUAAGGAGACUUUGUUCAUGGCUGGGGACGCAGCCCCCUCCGAGGCUACCAGUGGGGAGGCGGGGUGUCCCCAGGAUGGAUCAGGGCUAUGGUUUGGGUAUGGUUUGCUUGCCCCCACCAAAACUCAUGUUGAAAUUUGAUCCCAAUGUGGCAGUGUUGGGAGGUAGGGGUUAGUGGGAGGUGUUUGGGUACUGGGGAUGGAUCCCUUAUGAAUAGAUUAAUGCCUUCCAGCUGAAGUGAAUCAUCACUCUUGUGGGAAUGGACUAGUUCCCAAGAUAACAAGUUGUUAGAAAGAGUGUGGUGUCCUCAGUUUCCCUGUCUUGCUUCCUCUCUCACCAUGUGAUCUCUGUGCACGCAACACUUCCCUUCCACUUUCCACCAUGACAAGAAGCAGCCUGAGGCCUUCACCAGAUGCAGCUGCCCAAUCUUAGAUAUUCCAGCCACCAGAAACAUGAGCCAAAUAAACCUCUUUUCUUUAUAAA